AUGGCGUUUUCUCGCAAUCCUCUUUUCUCCAUCCAAACAAUCUCUUCUCCUCAAAUCACACUCUCCCCAUUCUCCUUCCUCCCACGUCGCCUCCUCCCCAUCACCGCCCGAUCCCAACGCCGCAGGAGACCUCCGGAUAGGAGAGACAUGUCCUCCAUAGUUUCAAUCCCGGAGCUUCCUCGAAGAAGAGACUCUGAGGAAUCUCUCCUUCUUGAUUCCAGAAUUAGUGUAGCUGAAGGAGAUAAUGUGAAGACGGAUGUUGAAGGAGUUAGAGAUGGUUCUAUUAGAACUCGUAAAGGAAGAAACUUUGGUAGCAGAAAGAAAGUUUUGGGUGUUGAGUUAUCGCCAGAUAAUUUUGCUGUAGCGAUGGUUUAUUUUGUUCAAGGUGUUUUGGGACUCGCUAGGCUCGCUGUUAGUUUCUAUCUUAAAGACGACUUGCAUCUUGAUCCUGCUGAGACAGCUGUGAUAACGGGGCUUUCUUCAUUGCCAUGGCUUGUUAAGCCUCUCUAUGGAUUUAUCAGUGACUCUGUUCCUCUGUUUGGCUACCGAAGGAGGUCGUAUUUAGUUCUCUCAGGACUUCUUGGUGCAUUUUCGUGGAGCUUGAUGGCUGGUUUUGUUGACAGUAAAUAUAGUGCUGCUUCUUGUAUACUUCUUGGUUCCCUCUCUGUCGCCUUUUCUGAUGUUGUAGUAGACUCAAUGGUUGUUGAACGUGCACGUGGCGAGUCACAAAGCGUGUCGGGAUCUCUGCAGUCCUUAUGCUGGGGAUCCUCAGCUUUUGGUGGAAUUGUGAGUUCCUACUUUAGCGGCUCCUUGGUGGAGUCAUAUGGUGUCAGGUUUGUAUUCGGGGUGACAGCUUUACUACCUUUGAUAACUUCAGCAGUUGCUGUUCUCGUCAACGAACAACGUGUGGUCAGACCAGGGCCAAUGCAGAAAGAGAACAUAACCUUGGUCAAUCCUGGCUUUCUUCAGACAUCAAAGCAGAACAUGAUUCAGCUAUGGGGUGCCAUUAAGCAACCUAAUGUUUUUCUUCCAACCUUAUUUAUCUUCUUAUGGCAAGCCACGCCACACUCUGAUUCAGCAAUGUUUUACUUCACAACGAACAAGCUUGGCUUUACUCCGGAGUUUCUAGGAAGAGUUAAACUUGUGACCUCAAUUGCUUCGUUGCUCGGAGUAGGACUGUACAAUGGCUUCCUCAAAACUGUUCCUUUGAGAAAAAUCUUUCUAGUGACAACAGUUUUCGGAACAGGUCUUGGGAUGACUCAGGUUCUCCUCGUGACUGGUUUUAACAGGCAGUUAGGAAUAAGCGACGAGUGGUUUGCAAUAGGAGACUCUCUAAUCCUAACAGUUCUUGCUCAGGCUUCUUUCAUGCCGGUUCUUGUGUUAGCGGCGAGAUUGUGUCCAGAAGGAAUGGAAGCAACUCUCUUUGCUACACUCAUGUCAAUCUCCAAUGGAGGCAGUGUUCUUGGUGGACUUAUGGGGGCAGGUCUGACUCAAGUGUUUGGCAUCACAAGAGACAGUUUUGAUAACCUAUCAACGCUUAUUAUCCUGUGCAAUCUUAGCUCGUUACUCCCUCUGCCUCUACUUGGUCUUUUGCCAAAAGAUUCUCCAGACACUGUUGCUAAGGAUGAUGCAGACAUUGAGAUGAAAUCUAAUUAA